CCAUGAAUUCAGCCUGAGCAAUGCUGACUUGUUUUGCUGAAAACAAGCGCAAAACAUGGAAACAGCGACAUUGUGGCUCAAAUAGAAGCAUAGUUCACUGCUUAUUAGAAUACGGAACGAAUCAUCAACAUUAUAAUAUCAAAUCGCAAUGGACAACAAAGCAACUCGGUUUAUUUAUGUCAAACCGUGGCCAAAAAUGCAGUCUUGACUUGUGUGGAAAUGCUGCGUUAGAAUAUUUACAUUACUCGUAACCCUGCGGGUGAUACUGACAUUUACAUGCUGACAUUUAUCCGUUAACGCCUUAUACACAUGGACGGGUCGAGCACACUUGUUGCAGCGGCUGCUUCGGAAGGCGAGCGGUCUAGUUCGGAGAGCGAGUACACGGUGACGAGCGGGCCUGUGGUAGACACCGAGAAACGGGAGGAUGAGACGCCGAUGGAGGCUGCUGCAGGUGCGGUCGGGUUCAGUAUCUCUCGUCUUGAUACGUUGAGCACGCUGAGACUGAACCGAAACCGACCGACAGCGGAUUCGGAUCUCCGGUACCUGCACUUGUUAUGGCAGCCCGGUGAGUUGCUGCAGGCGGGACGGAGCUCGCCGGGAAAGAUCACAGCGAGCAAGGUGAGGCGGCUGGGAAGAGCCCGGAGGAACAUGGGGCCCAUUGGAAAAGACCUGUAUGCUGUGAAGAGGCUCAGAGAAGCAGCAAACUGCAAUGAUAUUGACACUGUUCGUAGGUUGCUGGAAGAUGAUAUUGAUCCUUGUGCUGCUGAUGACAAGGGCAGGACGGCCUUACACUUCUCUUCCUGUAAUGGCAAUGACAGCAUUGUUCAGUUGUUGCUGAGUUAUGGUGCUGACCCAAACCAGAGAGACAGCCUCGGAAACACGCCACUGCAUCUGGCUGCCUGCACCAACCAUGUGCCUGUCAUCACAACCUUACUGCGAGGAGGUGCUCGAGUUGAUGCAUUGGACCGUGCGGGUAGAACCCCUCUGCACCUUGCCCGCUCAAAGCUCAACAUUUUACAAGAGGGAGACUCGCGUAGCCUGGAAACCCUCAGAGGAGAGGUCACACAGAUUAUUCAGAUGCUGCGGGAAUAUCUGAAUAUAAUGGGACAGAGUGAAGAGAGAGAGAAACUGGAGCACAUCUCAACCCAACUACAGAACACCCGCACCAGAGAACAGGUGGAUGAGGUGACAGACUUACUGGCCAGUUUCACAUCGCUUAGUAUUCAGAUGCAGAAUAUGGGAGACCGGUAGAGACAAAUGGAAGCAAAGACGUGCCAUUCUGGGAGAACUUUUAGGAAGAUGAGUGUUUUGUUUGGAAAACAGGAAAAAUUAUUUAUAUAUAUAUAUAUAACAUCAUGCUUGCAUACGUACACAUUCUGUGAUAUAAUUUUGGUUAAAUCCAUUUUUGCCACUGAAAAAAUUAUUAAUUGCCUUCACAUUUUAUUGUUGUUCCUGAAACAAUGCUUAUUCCUUUUUUAUGCCUUUAUUGUAGCCUACUAUGUCAAUGUUUACUGUAAGUUCAUUUUUGUAAUUGACUAAAACAUGACCAAAUAAAUUACAUGAUGCCAAGAUGUAA